UCGAAGAAAAGGAUAGCGAGUAAGAACGCGCGAGAACGAGUAAGAAAAAGCGAACAACAGUCGAAGAAAAGGACAGCGAGUGAGAGCGAACAAGACAGAAUGAACGACGUUCGAAGAAAAGGACUCUGUAUUAUUUUUCACCUGUUCUAUCUAUUUAGAAUCAGUGAUGUAAUGAAACUGCUAACGUUUGUGUCACUCGACGACAAAUCGCUUUUUGGAUACGCAAUGGGCUGUUAUCACUCUUUCCGGCACAAACCGCCGGUGGGUUGUAGCCAGAGUUAUCGAAAUUCUGGUCGGGGCGAACAUGUUAAAGUCAACGACAACGUUCCUAUAUACAGGUCCGUCACGUGAAGCGAAGAGGGUUUAUUGUUCUUGUUCGUGUUUCAAAUUUUAUUUUUUUGAUUUUAAAUUUCUGCAAGAUCAUUAAAAUUUAACAUUUUUUUCAAUUUUUUAAAAAAAUUCGAAAGGCUCUUUGUAUGGCUAGGGCCUGGGGCAACUUGACUUAUCUGUACUCCCCCGCUUAUGGCGGGCCUGACCUACCUUCGUGCAUGGAAGGCACUUCGGGUGCAAUAAACAAGGGUUUUCCAACGAUGAAAACUGAAACAACAACCAGGUCAUUAUUUUUUAAAGCGUCGAGCGAAAGGAUAUUUUAUACCGUUUUGCGAACCGAUUAAAUAUUUUUGAAUUCGAUCUACGUAAUCGUGACAAUGAACUGUGAUAGUGAAGUGAAAGUGGUGGCCACGCGAAAAGCCACACUGACAAUGGAGCAGAGAGUGAAGAUCCUACAUGAAUUAGAGAGUGGAUCGCCUGUUCGUGCAAUAGCCGCUAGGUACAAUGUUCGGCAACUUACCAUUCGGCGCAUACGAGCGAGUGCACCGGCCAUUCGUCAAUUCAUGGACCAGGGGAAUCAGUUCAAGAAGUGGAAAAGUAUGAGGAAACCGACGCACGAGAAGCUGGAGGGACGUUUGUAUUCGUGGUUUCUGGAGCAAAAGACGCUUGGCUAUCCGCUAACGGAUUUAAUACUUUUGGAAAAGGCAGCUGAACUGAACGAGGAAUUGUCGGCAGGCUCGACGUUUAAGACGAGCAGAGGUUGGUUAGCGAAAUUCAAAAGGCGUCACAAUAUACGUUUAAUGAACAUAAAUAGAGAAAUAGCCGAGGAGGACGAAAACAGAUUUAGCCUGGAGGGGAACAGAUUUUGCCCGGAGGAGAACAGAUUCAACCUGGAAGCGAACAGGUUCAGCCUGGAAACGAACAGAUUCAAUCUGGAAGAAAAUAGAUUCGGCCUGGAGGAAAACAGAUUCAGCCUGGACGAGAACAGAUUUAAUCUGGCGGUGAACAGAUUCAACCCGGAGGAGAACAAAUUCAAUCCGGAGGGGAACAGAUUCAGCUCGGAGGAAAAUAGAUUCAGCUCGGACGAGAACAGGUACAGCCCGGACGAGAACAGAUACAGUCCGGAGGAAAACAGGUUCAGUCCGAAGGAGAAGAAAUUCAACCCGGAGGAGAACACGUUUUAUUUGGAGGAGAACAAAUUCAAUUCGGAGGAAGACAGGCUCAGUCCGAAGGAGAACAAAUUCAACCCGCAGGAAGUGAAGAGAGACCAAGAAACGGAAGGCGAAGAAGAGCAAGAGGACCGGAGGCAGCAAGGCAACCAGAGGGACGAAGAUGAGAAUCGCAGAGAAAGAAUUAGGAAAGCUUUAGAAAUUUUAGAGACUAAUACCAUAACAGAACCGCUAUUCGUACAUUCCUUCUUGAAAGGAUUGAAACAA